GGCCUUUGCGCUCGCGAGAGCUUCCCUUUCCUCUUCCGGGGACGCUAUCCAGAGGUAUUCACAAUGGUCCAGCGAUUGACAUACCGUCGUAGGCUAUCCUACAACACAGCCUCUAACAAAACCAGGCUGUCCCGAACCCCUGGUAAUAGAAUCGUUUACCUUUAUACCAAGAAGGUUGGGAAAGCACCAAAAUCUGCAUGUGGCGUGUGCCCAGGCCGACUUCGAGGAGUCCGUGCUGUGAGACCUAAAGUUCUCAUGAGAUUGUCUAAAACGAAAAAACAUGUCAGCCGGGCCUAUGGUGGUUCCAUGUGUGCUAAAUGUGUCCGUGACAGGAUCAAGCGUGCUUUUCUUAUCGAGGAGCAGAAAAUUGUUGUGAAAGUGUUGAAAGCACAAGCACAGAGUCAGAAAGCUAAAUAAAAAAAUGAAGCUUUUUUGAGUAAUAAAAAAAUCAAAAGCC